CAACCACAAAUACAAUUCUUGGUGAAAGAGAAAGGGAGAGAGAGAGAAGAGGGAAAGAGUGUGUUCAGGGGGAAGAAGACGGGGAGGGAGAGAGAGAGAGAAGUUGGGAAAGGAGUCAGUAUAGGAGAGACAGGUGUACAUAGGGAGGGAGGGAGAGAGAGAAGAGGGAAAGAGUGUGUUCAGGGGGAAGAAGACGGGGAGGGAGAGAGAGAGAGAAAAGUUGGGAAAGGAGUCAGUAUAGGAGAGACAGGUGUACAUAGGGAGGGGGAGAGAGAGAAGAGGGAAAGAGUGUGUUCA